AUGGUUAUCUCAGACAGUAUUUCACCUACCAUUUCUACAGAUAUGGAUCUCGUAAACCAUAUCUCGGAUCAACUCGAUCAGCAUGAGUGUCUAGCUCAAGCUCCACACCAAGGCACCUAUUUCCCUCAGAUAAAAUGCCAUGUAUUUCAUCUCAUAAAAAGUCUACUUUUUUUAAAGACAUUUUCCAAAAGGUUUGGAGAAAGAGAAUGUAAGCCUGACCAAGCAUCUCGAGAAAUAUUGACAGUAAAAAUUCAAAGUUCCUUUUGUGAGAGGAAGUUCGGAAGCAAUUAUGAUGUCAAAAAACAUAUGAAUAUUUUCAAGACGUCCCCAAGAGACUCUGCUGUAGCCAAUAGCUUUAAUUUAUACUUUAUCUGUCCAUAUGAAUCUCUUUUUAUUUACUAA